GAGAUGUGGGAGUUCGCACCGCAGCCCGCCAGCUCUGAUUGGCUCUCACCUCUCUCCUAAAUCACGAUACAACUUCCACUUCCGUUUCACCUCCAACUCAGCAGCUGUAGAGCGUUUCCAAAAUGCACUCUCUCUCAUCUCUCCGCCUCCCUCGCGCUCAUUCACAGGGGGGUCCGUGUAGGCGGAGGGCAUUUCUGUCUCUGGGCCUGUUGUGCAGUAGCUGAGCAGCAGUAGGAGUGAGAGAGGGGCAGUGAAUGGAUCAGCGUACGUUAGUGUUCGUCGGUCACCGUGGAGCUCAUGGAAGGGAUGGACAGCAAGAGCUGGAUGGAGAGAUUAGUAAGGGAUGAAUGUGAGCUGGAUGACUGGUGCUAUGAGGAGGACAAGAAAGUGCUAUGUGCAGACAGAGUGGGCCAGAUGACGAAGACCUACAAUGACAUCGAUGCUGUCACACGUCUGUUGGAGGAGAAAGAGAGAGAUCUGGAGUUGGCUGCAAAAAUCGGCCAGUCGCUUCUUAAGAAGAACAGGACUCUGACUGAGCAGAAUGACUAUCUGGAGGAACGAGUGGCACAAAUCACAGAGGAGGUGGCUCAGCUGCACCAUGAGCUAAACCUGAAGGAUGAGCUGCUGCAGUUUUACACCAACGCAGUUGAGGAGAGCGAAGAUGAGUCCAGCAGCUCUCCGACGGGGAAGAAAAGUAAAGUGGAAACAGCUUCAGGAGCCUUUGUGAGCGACACACUCCAGAGGAAACUCAAAGACCUCGAAGAAGAGAACCUGUCCCUCCGCUCUGAGGCUAACCAUCUGAAGUCAGAGACUGAAACGUAUGAGGAAAAGGAGCAGCAGCUUGUCAACGACUGUGUAAAAGAACUCAGGUUGUCCAGUCUCCAAAUCUCUGUCAUAGCCGAGGAAUUGGCUCGUAAGACCGAGGAUGCUUCUCGACAGCAGGAGGAGAUCACGCACCUCCUGUCUCAGAUAGUAGAUCUGCAAAAGAAAGCCAAAUCUUAUGCGGUGGAGAAUGAGGAGCUUUCUCAACACCUAGUGGCAGCUAAAGAUGCCCAAAGGCAGCUUACGACAGAGCUCCAGGAGCUGGAGGAGAAAUAUUUAGAGUGUAUAGAGAUGCUGCAUGAAGCCCAGGAGGAGCUGAAGAACCUGAGGAACAGAAACUACACUGCAGGAACCCCUCGACGCUACCAUCCCCUGGGACUGUACCCAAUGGACUCUCUGGCAGCUGAGAUUGAGGGAACAAUGAGGAAGGAGUUGAGUAUGGAUGACCCCGAAUGUGAAGAACAAAAAAGCCAUAGGAAGCGCGUGUUUGAGACGGUUAAGAACGUCAACCAAACAGUCCGUCAGCGUUCUCUGACUCCAACCAACGCCAACAUCCCAGGCUCCAACCAGUCUCUGUCAGCUCGCACAUCGCCCCAGUCCAGCGGCCUCUCCACACCUCACUCCAGCAUGUAUGGAGGGGAUAUCAGUGGGGAUAGUAUUGCCCUUGACAACCGAACACAGAGCAUCCUGAUGGAGACGGCAUCAAAUCAGGAUAGUGCCACAGACGGCCGAGAGAAGAAGGCCAGUGGAGCUGAGGACCUGCGGAUCGCCCUCCGCCGUCUGUCUCUGCGUCGACAAAACAACCUGAGCGAGAGGCGCUUCUUUGAAGAGGAGAGGGAUCGGAGACGGGGAGGACAUGGAGGUCUACAUGAUGCCAUGGGCCAGGAGAGUGUGAUGACUCCCUCAGAAAGCAUUAUGUCCCUCGGGAACCUCCACAUUUGGGCCUCACGAGGGCCCUACCUCCCUGACAAACUCCAGAUCGUCAAACCACUUGAAGGAUCUGCCACCCUGCAUCACUGGCAGCAGUUAGCUCAGCCUCACCUCGGUGUGAUUCUGGACGCCAGACCAGGAGUCGUGCCAAAAGGCUACAGGCCCCUCGAACUAGAGUUGGAGCAGGUUUAUCCAUGGGGUGGAUUCGAGGAGGAUGAACCAGGAGAGCAAUACUUUCAGAAUCUGCCCACCUCCUCAUCCUCUGCCUCACCAGCCGUGCCCUCCACCUCUGCUUCCACUGACACCAACAUUGGGCAGCCUCUGCCCACCCUUGCCCUACCUUCUCCACCGUCUCCAUCCCCAUCGCCACAUCUCAGCAACACUGACGUGCUGGCUGCAUACUACCCGGGUAAAUGCAUGGCCCACACCAGCUCCACCUACACCUUCACAACCUGUCGAAUCCUCCACCCAACUGAUGAGCAGACACGGGUCACGCCAAGCCUAAAUCCAGUCCCAGGGUCGUCCUCCUGUGUGAUGACCAGCACUCUGUUGGGUACUCCUGCUGCUACACCUUGUACCCCCCGCAGGCUCAGUCUCAGGCCAUCUGAAUCCUCAACUAACCUCAGAGAUGCAACACGCACCACCAGCACCUCCCUGGGGUUAGUGCGCCUUCUCCAGGAGAGAGGGAUCUCAGCAGCGAUGUAUCACCAGAGCCAGGGCCUAGAGUAUGGUCAAAGCAACGGAGGAGUCUUAUUCAGUACCUCCAUAGCUCCUAACCGAGCACCAAACCCAGACCCUCUACGGCCCUCUACCCCUCCCAACUCGCCCACAGGACAGGGAGCUUCAGGUGUGCCAACCCCUGCGGGCUUCGACUUUAAGAGCCCUUCCUACGACAACUUCCUAGCCUCCAAACCGGCGCGCUCCAUUUUGAAGGAGGUGACGGGGAGGAUGAGAGGCAGGCAGAGAGGGAGGGAUUGCGAAAGCCAGACGGACGUUAGCGUGACCGUCCACAACCUCAACCUGCUGGACAAGGUGAAGCGGCUUGGUGUGGCUGGAGCUCCAGGGGGCAGAGCAGUGAGUCCCAGCCCCAUCCUGGGGCCUCUGGGUGGGCUGCGCAGAUCUGGCUCCCCUUUUGCACCUGAUGGAAUGAGGAGGAACCGGAGUUAUCCAGCCAUGGUUGGAGCUAGCAUGGCCAUGAAAGCCCCGGGGCCCCAGGAGUAGUCUGUACUGCUGCUGGCUGUUAGGGUAGCCAAGUAGGAGCCAGGCUGGGCCAAGGACUGACUGUUGAGCAGUCACCUGGAGCCCAAACACUGACUGACACUGCUCAUACUGUACGACAACAACAUGGCACUACUGACCAGUUUCUAAUCAUUACCGUGGUUCCACAGACACUAUCCACUCUUUAGUGCUUUUAGGUGGUGACUGAAUAAAAAACAAAAUAAGUUAAAGGGUCAGUUCACCCAAAUUACAAAAAAAUCUUUUCUGAUGUGUAGCCCUGCAGAUACUUUUGAUUUUAUGUGCCUAUUUUAUCUUUCUUAAAACAAUAAAGGUGCAAGACAUGUAAAAACUUCAGCUUGUUGCUAAAAAUCUGGGCACAUAAAACCAAAUUUAUGUAAUUUAAUUUUAUGUAACUGGGUGAACUGACCCAUUAAAAGCAGAAUAUCCUGAAAAAGAGUUAUUGAGAUAUCUGUCUGGUAAAACUCCCACUGCUGCCCACUUACAUCCCUGCUUUGGAGACUGACUCUGCUGGCUAGAUAUAGUACUCCCACUCUUGCCUUUUUUUGAAACACAUCCACAAAAUCCCACACACAUCCAGACAGGUGCACUCUGUUCAAUCUGCCAUCACACUAGUUGGCUAUUUGUAAUUGCUGUAGCACUAAAUCAUGUCUUUCAUCUUCUCUCGUUGCACCUUUUUUAAAUUAUUAAAAGAAAAAAUGUGCACCAAAUACAUGAAAAUAUGUCAUUCUCUCCCUCUCAAUCCUACCCCUACCUAAAUCCCUCAUGAAGUGAUUAUUUGUGAGUCCGACAAGUCACUUUCAAUAAAUCAUUGAAUAGAUUUUAUGUCAGUAUUAAAGAUACUUUCGUUUAGUUUCCUAAUUGGCCAUUAGACAGGGAAGUUGAUGGUGCUUCUACUGAACUAGACGAUCAAUACGCUGAAGCCACAGCUCACAAAGGGAACGGAGAGAGAGGGAUGAGGGAAGUGAUUGUGACUAAUCAGCUGUUGUGGUCGGAAGCUUUUGGAGAAAUGAAGCAAUAUAGUGCCUCGACCAUGUGUUUUGUUUUGGGUUUUUUUUUUUAAAUUAUUAUUAUUUAUGUUCGUCAUGUGUUGCAUUAAGUGUGUGAAAGAGUUCAUCACAGCCGGUUUAUUUAUUUGAAACUGAAUUUAAACUCAUAAAAGUUUUGUUGUGUCACAUGUGCUCACUGUAUAUACUGUUCACUGUCACUAAACUAUCAGUAAUGACAUGCUUAUAAAGAAAUCAUUAUGUGUCGUGCAUAACCGAGAACCACACAUCACUGUAAGUAUUGGGGUGAGCAUGUAAUGAGGUUUUUUUCAAAAUAAAAAUUCAGUAAUCAAACAAAA